AUGGCUCCGUAUGAAUCCUUGUACGGAAGGAGAUGUCGAUCACCAUUGUGUUGGUCUGAAGUUGGUGAUAAGGGAAUUCUUGGACCGGAUAUAAUUCAAGAAACAAUAGAGAAGGUUAAGAUGAUCCGAGACAAGAUGAGACAAGCUCAAGAUCGACAAAAGAGUUAUGCGGAUAAACGGAGAAGACCCUUGGAAUUUGAUGUAGGAGAUCAUGUGUUCUUGAAGGUGACUCCGAGGUUGAGGUUGAAGGGACCAUUUAAGACGCGUAAGCUUAGCCCGAGAUACGUAGGACCUUAUCAGAUCAUGAGAAGGAUAGGUGAAGUCGCAUACAAGUUAGCAUUGCCUCCUUCACUAUUAGGGCUGCAUGAUGUUUUCCACGUGUCUCAGUUGCAAAAGUUUGUGCCAGAUUCGUUUCAUCCUGUAUUACCAGAUACGAUUGAAGUAGAGCCAGACCUUUCUUUCCAACCGCAACCUUGUUGUAUCUUGGAGUAUGCUAGCAAUUCGUUGAGAAGCAAAAAGAUACCUCUUGUGAAGGUGUUAUGGGAAGAGUCGCGUCCUGACGAAGCAACUUGGGAGCUCGAAUCAGAGAUGUGGGAGUUAUAUCCUCACUUAUUCUGGUAA